CCAGAAAGUCCUCUUUGAAGCUUGGGUGAAUAUCUCGGAUACAGUGUAGCCCUGAGCCUUGGUGCCUUUGCCGCUUAUAUUGGACGCAAAGAUUACCUGGGCAUUAUUACGUCCUUUUUGGAUAACUUAAUUGUCCCUCAAUUCCUGGGAAGUUUACAAAGUUAGACAGAGGAUCAGAAGGGAUACAGUAUAUCUGAUUGACGAACGUCAACAUUGGUGCAGAUCUUUAGUCACGUGGCCAUUGAUAGAGUCUCUUCAUUCUUUCGUCGCCGUUACCAGCAUGUCGGAGUGACCUGGUAAUGUUUGAUCCGAGCCGCCUUCUUGAGAACCUGAGAGAUUCAAUGGGACUUUUAGUAAGACCUUGAGCGGAGCGUUCAGAUAGGAGCUGAAGAAAUGAUAUGCCCGGAUGAAAGACGGACCGCAUUAGUCAUGAUAACAGGUUUAAAAAGUUUUUCCUCCGAACAUCCCUUCGCGACCCCUUGCCAAGGUGUCGAGUAUCGAUACACCCUUUCAGCGAAGGACUCGAUAAAGACUGUCAAUAUCAUACGACUCGUCUCGUUGGAUUCAGACUCGAUUGAGAUGAAUUUGCUUGGUGAGACCUCAAUUCAGGUCCCGGGUUCUGGAUCUGUCUUUCAUGAAGACAAAUUCAUUUUUUGUCUCAAAGAUUCGGAAUCUUUACUCAGGGGCUCCCUUUGGCCGCUCAAUUCUGUACCGAGGGGUGCUUCUGUUUGCUGUAGCAUGUCUUCCCUUCCUGACGGAGUGUCAUCCUUCUCUUGUUGGUAUCAAACCUCAAUCGUAUGCUUUCUAAUCGUGGAGAAAAAAUGGGGUAUCUUCUCCUUUUUUGGAAACGAUGCAGAUUCUGGAUCUGUGGCGUCUAUCAAGCUUUGUAGCGUCUACCAUUUCCGGCAAUUUUUGCUUUUCGCAUCUUUCGACUUCCUGUAUCCCUCGAGGUGUCUCACUCUUACGCAAGUGAUAGGCUUUCCUGCUUGAUAUUUCAGAUUUGCGGGGCCAUUGAGCCCAAAUUCAUCUGAAAUGUAUACGCAGUCCUUGAUAGGAUGUUGCCGAAGUCUUGGAACUUGUCAAGGGGCCAAGCCAUUAAAUCUCCCGUUGAUAUUUCUC